CAAUUUUAUUUUCGUUUAAAGUGACUAGAAAUGUACAGUGUGUCACACUUUAUCAUCAAUGGCAUUGCUUAUAAGUUUGCCUUGUAAGCGAUAGUAAAUUAGUUUAUUGAUAUUAAUUAAACGAAUAUAUUUGUUUUUAAUCGGUUUAGUGAUACUAAGUAUUCAGAAGCCCAUAGCAAGGCGUGCCAUGCCACUAAUUAGAUUAAAAUCUUUUAAUUCGGCAGCAAAUUAGUGCGGAAGAUGAAGUUUUAUAAUAAGGACGGUACGUGCAAAAGCGACGAGGAUUCUUCCUUCGGUUGGUGGUUGGACGAUAUUAUCGCCUGUAAACCGUGCGAUGCGAAAAUCGCGAUAUUUCCAAUUAAAAGUGUGCAAGAAACGCUGCUGGAUCCCGAGGGAUUCGUCAAGAAGGUGGAGAGGUGCCAGGAAGAUUUUUAUUACGAAAAUUCGAGCGCUCUGAGAGAAAAGUUGACGACUAUGAUCUCGCCGAAUGUAUGGGAAAACAAAUUACUGUUAUCCGUUAUAAAUUUCUCCCUUUUCAAGAAAUUAAGCGAAAGCGAUCCCUUGGAUGAAAAUUUAAUUAAAUCCAAUGAAACGUUACAAACGGCCAACCGCAGAAUUAAGGCGAAUCCGGGAGGAGCGCAAAAAUUAAAUUGCCCGCAAUCGGAACUACUGAAACUUAGCCAAAAAACUACGUGCGCGGAAAAAUAUCUCGAGUGUAUCGCGUUUUUGCACCGAAAUUUAGACAUACUCAAUUGUAAAAUAAAGGAGAUGCAGCGGGAAGUGCUUCAUAUAAAAGUAUUUCUGGAGGAGGAGAAUGAGAGAUCGAGGAUACUUUUAAGGGAGUGCCGUAAAUUUUCUCAAGAACUUAAAGAAUCUAAUUAUUUAAAUGAAAUUGUGCUACUUUUAAUGGGAAAGGCGGAAAAAAUUAAGUCUAACAAUUGGCCUUUCAGAAAUUGUACUAGUAAUAAUGAUAAUAACGAAUUAAACUUAAUUAUUUAA